GCUAAACCCACGCCACUCGACCCGAGGCCAUAUUGUGCCAGGACCUUGGCCGCUUGCUGCAUAGAAGUAUUUUCGCACAAGCCGCACGAAUUAUUAGCAAGCUACGAGUGCACACACCCAGUACGGCGCUUGCCACUCGAACCGUGGCGCCUCGUCGAUUCAUUGUAGGCGUCGCCGUCUUGUCGCAACGCAAAGUUGGGUGGGUUUAACCUCGCUGUUUUCAUAGUGAAAAGAUCGCCGGAGUCGCCGCAUGGAGCUCGCCGCGCUUCAGGACCACCUCGCGCUCUUGACCAUCCACCACAGCCAAGCCGAGGCCAACAGCUCGCUCCUGCACAGCACCAUGCACGCUCUCUGGCGCGGUCGCGCCAAUCUCCUCAAGGCGCGCGUCAUUGAGACGCAGCGCCGGCUGCAAUCGCUGCAGGCGACCAUCCCAUUGUCGUCCGAGAGCCUCGCUGCCAAGCCCGUGCUGCCCCGCCACAUCUUUGUCCUCGUGCACGGCGUGUACGGGUCGCCGACCGACCUCGCGGCCAUCGCCAAGAAGCUCCGGUCGACGUUUGCCGACAACGAGAUGCUCCUACUGCAGAGUCGAUCGAAUAAAGGCAAGACACAGCGUGGCCUUGAGAAGUGCGGAUCCAACUUGGCGGCCGAGAUCUCGGACCUGCUCUUGACGUACCAGUCGUCGCCGCAUGGCCACCGCAUUAGCUUUGUGGGCCACUCGCUUGGCGGGCUCAUUACGCGCCAGAGCCUCGUGUACCUCCAAGACGUAUUUGCCAAGCAACAGAUUCAGUGUACGUCGUACGUCUCGGUGUGCUCGCCGCACUUGGGCUCGCGCUGUCCCGGCGGAUCGCCCACCAAGAACAUGUGGAAGUUUGCGGUCCACCAAGUCUUGUCCAUGUCGCUCAUUUACGGCAAGACGGGCCACGAGCUGCUCUUCGAAGACAACCCCGUAGCGCCGUUCUUGGAGAGCAUGAGCGCGCCUCAGUCGAUGCACAUGCAAGCGCUCGCAAGAUUCAAACACCGAACUGCGAUCGCCGUCAUCGAAGGCGACCAGCUCGUACCCUACGCCUCCGCCUCCAUGAACCCCAACCCUCUGCCCGAGAUGCCGCCGCAUAAAGACUCGUCGAGCGUCUGGCAGUGGACGAUGCUGCACGACGGGUUCGCCGACACGUCCGCGUUCGGUGCCAAGCUCAGCGCAAAGUACCCUGUCCUGCCCACGGCGCGUCCCGAGCUCGAGAUGACGUCGGAUGGCCAGCCGUGCGACGCAGGGCACGAAGUUGCGAUUUCAGCUGGCAUGCUCAGCAACCUCCUCUCGCUGCCGUGGCGACGCAUGCACCUCCAGGUCGACAUGCGCGGGAUCCACAAGGUGCACGCGCUCAACCUGCACGUGUGGCCUGUUGGGCUCAUGCAGCCGAGCAACAGUCGAAGCGACGAGUUCAUCGAUGUUCUCGUUGAGAUGCUGCAUGCCGACCACAUAGAAAGCGAUGAAAAGGCUCCUUGUGUAUAACCGUAUCAAUCGACUAGUCGUACAUACGACGGUGCAGGGCUCCCACA